AUGGCCCGACUCAAUGACUACGCGGCUCCGGCCGAGUCAGUCGACGCUCUCAAGAGGCGAUUCGUCCGACAAAACCGCGAAAUCAUGCGAGUCAACUCCAUGCAAUCAAUGCGCAUCCGCAGCCUAGAAUCAGAAGUCUCGCACCUCCUCAGCGAAAACGUUUCCCUCCGCGGCCAAAUAAUCACCCUCACCCAAGAAAAUGAGCGACUGGAUUCCGCCAAGGCGCUCCAGAGCGGCGUUUACGAAAUCAAAGCUCGUCUCGAUGCGAAAAUGGCCGAAUUGAACGGUCUUGUUUCGGAUUUGGGAGCACUUCCUCGCAAAGCUGGGAAGAUGUUCAAGGAUCGGUCUUUCGUCGCUAACUCCGACCGUCUUAAGAUGGCGGAGGCGCCUCCGCGCGCGAAUGAUCCGGACUACAAUGCGGAAAUCGAGGAUGGGAAAUUACCUGCUAUCUUGGAAGAUAAAUAUUUUCCGAGGAAAACGUUAGAGCCGCAAGAAGUUCAUGAGCUUGUGGAGGGUGAUUCCUGCAUGCCUGAAUCGCCGUUGAUGCAUCAUCUGGAGCCCGCAACUGCGACUACGACCGCGAUCGAAGACACGACCAGAUCGGACGAAAUACCUUUGGAAAAUAAAUUCAAUCUCUCGCCUAGCCCCGAAGCCUACCUCCCCGCUACCCUCGAGACCCGCAAGAAGAAAAGGAGACCCGAAGUGGCAGCUGCCUCCAGCGAUAAUGAGGUGGAGAGUGUCGGCCAUACAGCAACAGCAACCUCAAAGGCGGAGGUGGAGGCCGAUACGAACACUGGAACUUGUUUGAAAUUCGGCUCUAAGCGCAAGUUUAGUCUUGACGACGAUGCCUUGUUCGAUCUGGCUCCUGAGGAUGACUUCCAGUUUAGUCGACUGAGUCGCAGUCCCCAGAAGCAGAAGGAUACAUUCCAGUUCCUGGCCCAAGAGAGUUCAUCUUCUCCCAGUAAAACGCCCGUGAACAUGAAACGAGGCUCUGCAAACACCACGAAACGGAAGGUUCUUGAACCAAAAAGCGCCAAUUCCAACCUAGCCUCCCCGAAGAAAUCCCGCGCCUCACAAGUAGACAGCAAGUCCCGCCAGAAACUCGGACGAGACAAAAAUAUGCCUUCUCAAACCCCCAAGGAGAUGCUGAGCCAAACGACAAAACCACCAUCUGCACGACCUCGUGGUCGCCCGCCUUCUCUGAUGCAGAAACCUAAACGUGCCAACCAAUCGAUUACGGAAGAUGCUGUGUCGAGUCAGCCGAAGACAAAGAUCACUGCUGCUGUUGUCAAAGACUCCCCGAUUGCGAAAUCGAGAGAGAGUAUGGAGGAUAUGUCUGACGAGACGGGUGUCUCGCGUCCCUCCCGACGUCGCGGUGCAGUGGUCAGCUACGCGGAGCCGAGUCUUCGGGCUAAAAUGCGUCGCUCGACGAAGGAUAUGGCCGACGCGGUGGCGGAUCGCCGAUCCUCUAGCUUCCAGCUUGGUCGCGAAAGUCUUGAUGGAGAUGAUCAGUUUGUUGAAAGGUCGGAGACCGAGGAUCGUUCACGUUCACGUUCACGUACACCUGGACAUGCCGCGGUCUUGCCGGAUGUUUUGUCAGAUGGAGGGUCAGAUACGAUUGCAGUAUCUCGGCGCAGACGUAAAGUGUCGACGGCGACGGACGAGCUUCUCCCUUCCGACAAAGAUGAGCGUUCAACCCGUGAACCUGCCCGACAAUCUCGUCGACACUCGUCGAAUCCGAAGAGUGCCAUUGUGGACGAUGAGUGGUCAUCACAAGCGGAUAGCAGCUUUGAUAAUGAUGACGUGUGGAAAUUACCCGCUGCCGAAGCCCGAGAAACGAGAAUCGGUGCCAGAAGGAGAAGUAUGAUGGUUUGA